CGCGCGUCGCACGUCACUUCCUCUGCGGAGAGCGCUGGCGCCGGGGACGGUCGGGUCGGGUGGUGUCGGCGCAGCGGCGGCGGCUUGGCGGCGGCGGUGGGGAGCGGCGCGGCGGGACCAUGAGCGACAGCGGCGAGCAGAACUACGGCGAGCGGGAAUCCCGUUCUGCUUCCAGAAGCGGAAGUGCUCAUGGGUCUGGCAAGUCGGGGAGGCACACCCCUGCAAGAUCUCGAUCUAAGGAGGAUUCAAGGCGUUCCAGGUCAAAAUCUAGAUCCAGGUCUGAAUCCAGUGCCAUCACUCAUCUGGAUGUGAUCACGAGCAGGUCACCCAACUGGCUCUCACCAGAGAUAACAUUAUCUAGAUCAAGGAGGAGUUCCCGUAGACACUACACAAGGUCACGCUCUCGUUCCCGCUCUCACAGGAGAUCCAGAAGUAGGUCAUACAGUCGGGAUUAUCGGCGACGACACAGUCACAGCCAUUCCCCCAUGUCUACUCGCAGGCGCCACAUUGGAAACAGGGCAAAUCCUGACCCAAACUGUUGUCUUGGUGUAUUUGGGUUGAGUCUGUACACCACGGAACGAGAUCUGAGAGAAGUUUUCUCCAAGUAUGGUCCAAUUGCUGAUGUUUCCAUUGUGUACGAUCAGCAGUCGCGGCGUUCGAGAGGAUUUGCAUUUGUGUACUUUGAAAACGUUGAGGAUGCUAAGGAAGCAAAGGAACGUGCCAAUGGAAUGGAGCUGGAUGGAAGAAGAAUCCGGGUAGACUUCUCCAUUACAAAAAGACCUCACACACCUACCCCUGGAAUCUACAUGGGAAGACCAACUUACGGCAGCUCUCGACGACGAGAUUACUAUGACAGAGGAUAUGAUAGAGGAUAUGAUGAUCGUGACUAUUACAGCAGAUCAUAUAGAGGAGGUGGUGGUGGCGGCGGAGGAGGAUGGAGAGCUGUUCAAGACAGGGAUCAGUUUUACAGGAGGAGAUCACCAUCCCCAUAUUACAGUCGAGGGGGCUACAGAUCUCGAUCCAGAUCUCGAUCCUAUUCACCUCGUCGCUAUUAAAGCAUGACAUGUAGAGGAAUUUCUAGCUACAGCCUUUGAGUUGAAAUUGCAAGUUUGUGGACAAUAUUUUUAUUGUCUCUUCUGUUUAAACAAGUGAACAGUGCCUAGUGAAUAGGUGACUUUUACACCUUUUAUGAAGACUACUUCUGUGAUGUUAAAUGCUGUUUCAUUCUGCAUAUUUGUGUAGUUUGGUGCUUCGUUUCAAGUUGUGUUUUGAAAGGAGUAUGUUUUGCAUGUAUUUUUUUAGUCUCAAUUUUGACUCCUGAAAGGUUUCUAUUGUAAAGACAAACUGUUCAGUUAGUUUUUUCUACUGAUUCCAAGGUAUUCUGAAGAUCAAAACCUGUGUAAAAUGCUUUCAAAAAGUGAAAAAUAAAAUAAAAAGAAGUUUGAUUUUUUUUUU